UUAUGAAACCCAAGUUCUUUCGGCUUUUGUGUUUGUGUUUUUCUAAAUUUGCAAAGUCUUUCGUUUAUUGUUUUUUUUUCUUUCAGAAACUACAAGUUAUUUCAGUUUUUGUGUUUUCUGAGGUUGUAAAGUGGUUUUGUCUUUUGUUUUCUUCAAAUUUUAAUUUGUUUCGUAAAUUGUUCAAGUGUUUUAAACUUCCAGGGCACCGUAGAUCAUGUAUUUAAACAUCCCAGCACCCAAAUGUCACCUCAAAUGUUGUAAAAGUGUUUCGUCAAAUGUUGAGAGGCGUAUAAAACAUCGCCAGGAGGAGAAAGAAACAACAUCGCCCCCCAGCGGCCAUCAACUCGUCACUCAUCCAGGAGAAGUUAGCCUCGCCAAAGAGCUGCCGAGACAAGACCGACAAGUCCAGUUUCCAGCACCUGGGACUAUUGCAAGUAGUUUAGCUGACAUCUGGAAAGGUUUUGUGGAACUUCUCCUCGUUAGAGUGUGACGUGGGAAGUCCACGCGAACCUGCGCACAACUUUCUCUUCGCAGCUGCCGAGUCAUCUUUUGUGGACGAAUAUGAGCCCGAGGAGCCUGCUGGUCUUCUUGUCCUGGUCCUGGUUCUUCUACCUCACAGCAGUGAGUGGAAGCACAGACUCCGGUGACGUGGCAGAGGAGGACCACACCACUCAUGUAGACUAUGACAGCAUAUACUGGUGUCACUCUCCACGCCUGACCAAUGGCGAGGCCACCUGCCACUCCCCCAGGGGCCGAUCCUACCGGACCACCCAGGGCACACGCUGCAACAUGCGCUGCGACCGCGGCUACCGCCUGUCGGGCAGCAGCUCCAUCCAAUGCAGGGCCGACCGCCGCUGGUCCGGGACGUCCAUGUGUCGCAAGAUUCGCUGCCCCGUGUUGCCGCUCAUCCCGCACGGCAGGUACACCUGCACCCAAGGCUUUGUGGUGGACUCCAGGUGCGACUUCACCUGCUCCCCCGGCCACCGCAUCGAGGGGGAGCACUCGCGCACCUGUCAGCACGGGGGGGCUUGGAGCGGGGCGCAGCCCAUUUGUUCAGACACGGAACCUCCAAAAAUCAAGUGUCCGCAAUCCAGAAUCAAGUUCGCCGACCCUGGAAAACUGACUGCCAGGGUGAGCUGGGAUGCCCCGCUGGCCACAGACACAGCUGACAAAGUCCUGGAUGUGAUUCUAGUGGGCCAGCAGCCAGACAGCGACUUCAGCGAGGGAGCUAACGUCAUCCGCUACAAAGUCUUUGACCAAGCCAGAAACAGAGCUGCCUGCAAGUUUAUCAUCCGGGUUGAGGUGAGGAGAUGCCCCGCCCUGCCCCCGCCUUUGCACGGCUCCCUGGCCUGCACCUCCGACCUCACCAACCACGGCGCCACCUGCGAGUACCACUGUGAUGGCGGCUACGAGCGUGGGGGCGUGUCCAGUCGAAGGUGCCAGUUUGACCGCAGCUGGAGCGACGAGGCCGCACAGUGCGUUGCCAUGGCGAUCAAGUCCGACGUGAAAACGGCGUCGGCUCUGCUGGCUCAGUUUUUCCAGAAGAGGCGCCUCCUGGUGGUGUCUGCACCCGACAUCACCGACGUCGACUACGAGAUGCAGAACUUUAUGAUACAAAAAAGCCAGUGUGGACUGGAACUGCGACACGUGACGCUCGUGGAGCUGCUGGGAUCCUCGCCCAACCACACCGGACACAUCAAGGACAAACAUUUGACCUCACAAGUCGUCGACGAGUUGAGGCAAACAUUCCGCAUCUCCACUUCUUACUUCAGCAUGGUGCUGGUGGACAAGCAGGGGCUUGACCGGGAGCGCUUCAUCAUCCCCAUGCCGGAGGAGGAGCUCUUCUCCUACAUUGACAGCUUUGAGCUGGAUGAGGAGGAGCGAGAGAAGCUGGAGCUGCACAAACAUCUCUGUGACUAAGUCAAACAUCUCUGUGACUAAGUCAAACAUCUCUGUGACUAAGUCAAACAUCUCUGUGACUACCGUAUUUCCUUGAAUAGCCGCCGGGGCGCUAAUUAAUUUAGAACCUCUUCUCACUCCUGCGUUUACCAAAAGCAUGCGGGAUUGGCAAGCAUGCGCUAAUUAUUUUAAAAACUCUUCUCACUCCUGCGUUUACCAAAAGCAUGCGGGAUUGGUAAGCAUGCGCUAAUUAUUUUAAAACCUCUUCUCACUCCUGCGUUUACCAAAAGCAUGCGGGAUUGGCAAGCAUGCGCUAAUUAUUUUAAAACCUCUUCUCACUCCGGCGCUUACCUUACUAUGAAAAUCACAUUUAAUAAAAAAACAUUAUUAUGGUCUUACCUUUAGGUAUAAAUGAGUCCAUGCGCAGCUCCUAUAGAAGUCUUCCUUAUCUUUCUUCAGUUUUAAAAGUCUCUCUGUCUCGAUGGAGAUCUUCCUUUAAUUAUUAUCUCCUGCUUCCAUUGAAAGUCCAGUUUAGAAAACUGUUUUAUUUUAGAUAUGUAAUCCUCCAUGGUAAAAGUGCAAGCAAACAAUGGGUGCUCACUCUUGCUGCGUGUUGUCUUCUUCUGCAGUACCAGUAAUCGCAAGAAGGAUCACUAGCGCCCUCUACCACCAGGAGGCGGAAGUCAUUUAAUGACUCAUAUUUGACCCGGCGGAAGUGCCAAGCAUGCGCUAAUUAUUUUGCGAAACGAGUUUGACCCGGCUGUAAUUCUAGGCAGGCGAAUACUAUAUUCCCGGCGGCAAUUCAAGGAAAUACGGUAAGUCAAACAUCUCUGUGACUAAGUCAAACAUCUCUGUGACUAAGUCAGACAUCUCUGUGACUAAGUCAAACAUCUCUGUGACUAAGUCAAACAUCUCUGUGACUAAGUCAGACAUCUCUGUGACUAAGUCAAACAUCUCUGUGACUAAGUCAAACAUCUCUGUGACUAAGUCAGACAUCUCUGUGACUAAGUCAGACAUCUCUGUGACGAAGUCAAACAUCUCUGUGACGAA